AUGGUGUGCUCCUGCAGUGUGCAUUUGUGUACAAAUCGGUCAAAACCAGGACCUCGAAAAAUACACUUUUUCUCGUUUCCACUGAAAAAUUCAGAAAGAACUCAGCAAUGGGUUAAUGCAGUUGGCCGCAAAGGGUUUAUCCCGACAAAACACAGCAAAGUAUGUAGUGAUCAUUUCUAUCAAAAUGAUUUUGAACAUAAAAUUGGUGGUAGUUAUCUUCUAAAACUCAAAGUAACGGCUGUCCCUUCAAUUUUCCCAAACUACUCAGCCAUUAUAUCAAAAGCUAAAAAGCAGUAUCUUGAGGUAGAACCAUUUCAAGUAGCUGUAUGCAGCUCUUAUAUUGCUUGUAAUGAAACUAAUGAACCAGAAAUGCUUAAUGAUGGUGAUUGCGUUAUUGAUGAUGAUACUACUUCAGUCAAAAUUAUUUCACCUCUCGAAUCAACCUCGAAAAUCCAAGAAUGUAACUUAUCAACACAAAAUUCAUCACCAUCUAAAGUAUCAUGUACCCAUUCAUUAAUUAAUAUAAGUCUACCAAAGAGCCCUAGUACUUCUCCAUCCAAAUCUGAAUUGAAGAAAAAAAUUAAAACAUUACAACAACGAGUUCGACGGCAAAAUAAAUCAAUCAAAAAUUUAAAAGAUUUAUUAAAAGGUAAAAAAAAUUUAAUUGAAAAAAAAUCAGAGGAGUUACUAAUUGAAAAAAAGUCAGAGGAGUUACUAAUUGAAAAAUUUGAUUGUACAACUGUAGACAUAUUUCAAAUUUGUUAA